UGAGUGAACUGGUAGGAGUCAUGGGGGUCUGGCGAGUGUUUGGGGAGCACUGGUGAGGGGUGAAAGGAAGGGGAAACUGGAGGUGUGGAAGCAGGUGCUGAAGGGAAAGUAGAGAGGGGUGCAGUUUUGGAGAUGUGGAACAGGGACCGAGGGGUAUGUGAGGGCAGGUGAAAUGAUGCAGAAGGGUGAGAUUGUAGUUAUCUUGGGCAGAGUAAGGAUGGACUUGGGUGUGGUGGAUGUAAAGUUGAGAAAGGAAUGCAGAGUAGAUUAUGGGUGGGGGAAGUAUCGACCCUUGUGAGGAGCAGGUAGGAUUGCUUUGGUGGAAUAAAACCAAACCCAUUGCUGUGGAGUACAUUCUGACUUAUAGCGACCCUAUAGGAUAGGGUAGAACUGCCCCAUACGGUUUCCAAGGAGCACCUGGUGGAUUCAAGCUACUGACCUUAGGUUAGCUGCUGUAGCUCUUAAUUACUAUGCCACCAGGGUUUCCAUUUAGUGGAAUGCGCACGUUGAAAUGGAAAGGAGGUUUGCUGGCUUUGGGGCAUGGAGCAUAAAACAAACAUGGGAGGAUGGGACGAUUGUGAUAGGGAGAGUCUCCAAAAGAUAUGAAGAAAAGUGCAGGAAGGCAAGGGGGGCUAUUUAGAACUUGCAGAAAAUCUCGUGGGGAUUGGGGAUUCAGGGGUUGGGAAAAGGCAGCAGAUGUGAAGAAAGAUGGGCAACAGGCCUGGGUGAAUGUGAUUUGGUGGACUGUGCCUGGAGUGAAGAUGGGGCAAAGAAGGGUGUUGGUUUGGGAGACAGGCUUGUUUGAUAGGCUGGAUUUCUUGGGCAAUACUUGAACCUGAGACUUGAAGGUGACGCAGAAGUGGAGCACGGUGUCCCAGGAAGAAGCAUGUACACCACUUUGGGAAAGGACAUUGGAUAUUUUUGCAUUCACAAGUACUUUGGUAUAGUCAGAGUGUGGGGAGUGGUGGGAGAUGAAGCUGCAACGGCAGGGGAGGGGCUAGAUUACAAAUGGCCCCCUAUGCUUGGUAAAGGAGUUUAAACCCGACAGCUCAGAGAGGGUGUUGAGAUAUGAUAAAGAGAGUAUUAGGCGAGGAUUAUGAAGGGGUAAUGAUGAAGAAUUACAGUUGUGGGAAAUGGGAAAAGGGAGCCAAUGAACCAAGUAUGUUUGGGGCAGAGGUACCACGAAAUUCAAGGUGAACAGCAUAUGAAGACGCUUCCGUAUAUGGAUGGAGGUGGGAGCAGCAACUAAGAAUUAGUUGUGUUGGGGUAGGCCUAGUUCUGUGGUUCUCCAAAGAAGAAUGUUUUUGAGGACUGCCUCUGUGUCUUCUACAUCCUAGAUUUUCUGGGAUAGCCCUGAAAUAAAAGCACUGCGUUCUUUUGUUAAUCAUAAGUUUAUAACACAUGUAUCAAAAUGAAUUGGGACAGUACUUUUAUGUUUUUAAGAAGGAAAGGAUAAUUUUGUGUAUUUCAAAAAGGGUAAGGUUCUUACCUGGGACCUUCUACUUAGGGUUGAAGGUUGGGAGGUGAAGUGAUGGUUAGGAAAAAAAAAAAAAAAAAAGAUUUUGAUAUUAAAGGAGGAAUAUCCUAAGACAUCGUGAUUCCAGGGAAUGACAUGGUCAGUACAAGUUUUGCCAGUUCGCCAUACCCAGGCCUCUGAGUAGAGUGGAUGUUACGUCAUUGCCAUUAUAUUUUAUGUUUAACACAUACACUGCUUGUGAAGCUCAGGUGCAAACUGUCAGAUGUGAGGCAGGGCAUGGGAGGCAGUAUGGGGGAGUGUUGGAAGCUGGUUGAGGAAGUUUGAUAAAUAGUUUUACUGUGCUUUAGAAACUCAUGGAUUUUUACAUACCAGAAGACUUAACUGGCCCGGCUCUACUAUAUGCCAUUCUUAACAGGCAACUUUCUCAGUUUCUGAAGUAGUUCUGUACAGUAUAGCCUUCAGUUUUGCAUGUGCAGACACAUACUUGCAUUUGUAUAAAGCGAGAGAAAACGAACUUGUUUUUUGAUGGUAAGGAUGUGUGAGCUAUAGUAAUCAGUCUUUGCUUACAGAAUGGUAAAUGAAACAUGGUUGGGAGAAGUAGGAUGAAGUGGUAUUUUGUCUCUGUAAAUACCUUAUUUACAUUCCCAACUCACCACCCACCCACUGCUGUCAAGUUGAUUCCGACUCAUAGUGACCCUAUAGAACAGAGUAGAACUGCCCCAUAGGGUUUCGGACUCAUAGCGACCCUGUAGGACAGAGUAGAACUGCCCCAUGGGGUUUCAAAGGUGGUAAAUCUUUAUGGAAGCAGACUGCCACUUCUUUCUCCUGCGGGGCGGCUGGUGUAUUCAAACUGCUGACCUUUUGGUUAGCAGCUGAGCACUUAAUCAGUGUACCACCAGGGCUCCUCCCACAUUUCCAAAGGUAUGUGUAUAUAAGCAUCUUUUUAUAGGACUCCCACAGUCUUUUGAUAGGUGUGUACCGGUAGACCCGAGAAAGAGAAUAUACCAUAAUUUUGUAUCGUCUGUUCUGCUGUUGCUGGAUAUUUGAGUGGUUUCCAGUUUGGAACAAUUAUGAACAAAGCUGCUAUGAGCAUUUCUGUACGUGGUCAUCUGGUGCACAUGUGCGCAAAUUUCUCUAAUGUGUAUGCCUAGGAAUGGAGUUGCUGGUUCAGAGGCAGGGUGACUAUCCUGGUUUAUGCCUGUUAUCCCAGUAGACUUUAUAUAAUCCUUUAAUUCUCUUAAGUGUCUGAGUUUGGGUAAUAAGUUGUGCGGUUGCCCUUGUCGUAGGAUGUGCUUUUCUUCAACUUAACUAGGUGCCAGUCAAGCUGUUUUUCAAAGUUUCGUACCAGGUUCCCUCCCUCCAGUGUUAUGAGAGUUCCCAUUGCUUCUUGUCCUCUCCAAUCCUCAGUCUUGUUAGUUUUUAGGAUUUUAGCCAGUCUGGAAUAUUUUUCAUUUACCUGAUGGAACAGUUGUUCACAUAUUUAUUGGCCAUUUGGAAUUUCCCAUUUGUGAAGCUUUUGUUCAAGUCGUCCCUCUCACCCCCUCCGACCCGCUUUUUAAAAUCGGGCUGUGUCUUCAUGACUAUCCCCAAGUCCUUUACUUACUCUGGACACAUGUUCUUUGUCAUGUGUGUAUGUUGCCGGUGCUUUCUUCAUUCUGUGGCUUGCCUUUUCACUCUCUUUAUGGUGUCUUUUAAUGAACAGAAGUUCUCAGUUUUCAUGGAGCCAAUUUAUUGGUCUUUCUUUAUAGUUAGUGCUUUUUGUGUCUUGCUUUAAGAAUCUUUUCCUUCCCUGAGGUCACGAAGAUAUUCUGUUAUGCAGUAUUAGCUUCUAAAAGCUUUAUUGACCUUAGAAGAUGUAUGAGUAAAAUACACUCUUCUUGACCCUGACCAUGUCAUUACAAAUUUAUUUUGCUUUAUUUCUCUUCUGUUCUCUGUCUUGAAUUUUUACUUGUCUACCACUAUAACUAAGAGCUAGGUGUUGACUUCCCCUGUCUCUUCGGAGAAAAUGGCCAUAUAGCUAGAAGUUCAGUUAAAUUAGAUUUUACAGGUCUCCAGCUGAUUGUACUGCCCUUUUUCCUUUAAUGAGCUAGUAUUUUUAUUGUAUUUCUGCUCUGUGCCUGCCAUCAUCCUUGGCUCUUUGCAUAUUUGUUAUCUCAAUUAUUCUUAAUACUUCUGUAAAACAGGUGUAUUCUCAUUGUUACAGAUGAGAAAACUGAGACUUAGAUUGAGUAAUAUGUCCAGGAUCCCAUAGGUUAGAUAGCUGGCAAAGUGGGGACUUGACCCCUGAACUCCAUAUAUUUCCCAGGGUGGCACACCUAUGUAUCGAAUAAGAUUUCAGAAGCCUAUUCUUUGAUAAUAUCCGAAACCAAUGAGAAUAAUUUUCCUGCUUUUAAUGUAACACGUAGUCCUAAUUAAAGCACAUGUAGCUAACUCUUUUCAAAGUGGUAAGAUGAUCGACCUUUCUGUGUAUGUUAGAGUACUUAGAGUUGGAGUGACCAGUAGACCUUAAAGGGUCUUUGAAUGGGCUUUAGAUGUUUUGUAAACCCCUGAAACUGUGUGCAAAUGUGUAUAUGUACAUGUAUUCAUUUUUUAAAUAGGUCCGUACUUUUCUUGAGAUUCUCAGAGGGGAAUCCUAUUUUAUUUCCAGGCUAUAUCUGGAUAUAUGGUCUGAAGACUUUUUGUAAUAAAGCCAACACAGAAUUCUGAAAUGAUCUGUAUUUUCAAAAUAACCUUUUAGAAGUUGAGAUGUUAGAUUUGUUUCUUAAUACAUUGUCCCCAGUCUUUGUUAAAAACUGACUAAAGCUAAUUUGUGAUUAGGCAGAAAUCUAGGAUUGCAUAGAAAUUUUUAAAUGCCAAGAAAAGAUACUUCAAAUUUAGUUGAUUAUUUCCUAAGUGAAAGUGCUUAGUUAUAUCAUCGUUAUUAAUCAGUGUGCCCUGACUCCAAAGGCCCCAUGACUUCAAACGACUUUUCAUCUUGUGUCUAAAACCCUCUGUUUUACAAGGGAUCAGAUUUCCUGUGAGGUUCCUGACAGUGUGAUUAAAUUUUAGAGAGUGAAACUAUUGAGCACUUCAGUGCAGGGAUGACUACGCAAACCUAAUUCCUGGGCUUCACCAGGAGCUUUGGGACAUGUCCCUGCUCAUUUAUGAUGAUGAUGUUGAAACUAAUCUUUGCUAGGGAUUAUGGAAGCCAUAAUAGUUUAUGGAUGGUUCAGUUAUUGUUUGUUCAGGCAGAUUUACACAAUUAUAGUUUAAUGACAUAACAAGGAUAUUGUCAACUAGGAAAGCAUGACAUGAAAAAUUAAACUUCCAAUUAAUAUAAUAUGUAUUAGUUGAAAUGAUAAUUUUCAUGGUGAUUUAGCCUCUUACAAAUCCUUGGAAAACAUUAUUAGCUUAUGAAUUGAAAACUCUCUAUGUUAAUGAGUAGUGAGGAAGAACUUAGUAUUACUCUAAAAAGAUGAGGAAUUAAAUAUCCAAACUAACAUUCAGUGAGUGCCUACUCUAGGUUCGCUGCUGAGUUAACUCCUAAAUUGAACAAGAUUGAGCUGUGGAGAGAUGAAAUGCUGGUUGCUUCUGUUUAUUCCCUCAAACACCCUUCCAGCACAUACUGAUUAGAUACUAUUGCCAGAACGAUUAAAACUUUCAACAAAAUUAUGUGUGUGUGUUUGCACUCCACUAUCCUCUAUCCACUUACAUUGUGUCACCUACUCCUGCAGUGGCUUCCUGUUACUUUAUCUGUCAUGUUCACACUCCUCAGCCCGGCUUUUGCUGUGUCGAAUUUAUUUUGUAUCCCUUUUCCACACAUACUUUUUAGAGGCAGGCACGAGGACUCGCUGUCCCUUUUGUUUGACGCCCAUUCUUAACUUCUGUGCCUUCUCCUAGAUUCCCUUCAUUCAUUGACUGAUAUAUUCAUUUAACCAAUAGACAUUGAACCCACGUUGUGGUCCUGUGAAAUUUGGGACAUACGAAGAUGAAUCAAGCAUGAAUCCUGUUCUCAUAUUUUUAUAGUCUAGUAAGGGAGAUGAGGUCAGUACAUAAAUAAACAUAAUAGAAAGUGAGAAGUGAAUGCUGAAAUAGGAAGAAAGCUGAAGUUUUUUGUUAGACAAAUAGAUUUGGAAGUUCUGAGAGGGUGUCCUUUGCACCGGGCCAUGAGGGAUUUGGCAGAGCGACAGGACAGUUACCCAACAUCUACAUGGUCUUCCCAGCAGAUUUGCCGGAAGACCUGGACAAUCUUCAGUUUUAUCAUGGACUGUUAAAACGUUUGGAGUUUCAAUUCUGGUCUUGACUUCCUAGUUAAAGAUGUUCUUCGCCCGAAUGCAGUCGUUCCUGUUGGUAAAAUAAGACGACUAUCAACAUUGCCUGUUUGUCCCCUUUUUAAUCUCUUAAGGAUGGAUGUUUAUAAGAUGUUGUUUGAUGUGGUCUGGAAUGCUCUGUCCAUUUAUUGAAUCAUAAAUGACUUUUAAAUGUGCAAGUUCUGUUAAAUACAAGGAGAAUCUCUAUGGGUAACUUUUGUAUUGAAGAAGUCAUUUGUCAACCAUGGUAAAACUUGCAAACCCACUUUAUACAGAGUGGAUUCUUGAAGCUAUACAGAAAAUAAAAAAGCAAAAGCAGAGGCCCUCUGAAGAGCGAAUCUGCCAUGCAGUCAGCACUUCCCAUGGGUUGGAUAAGAAGACAGUCUCUGAACAGCUGGAGCUCAGUGUUCAGGAUGGCUCCGUUCUCAAAGUCACCAACAAAGGCCUUGCCUCCUAUAAGGACCCAGACAAUCCUGGGCGCUUUUCAUCAGUUAAACCAGGCACUUUUCCUAAGUCAACCAAGGGGUCUAGAGGAUCAUGCAGUGAUCUCCGCAAUGUGGAUUGGAAUAAGCUUUUAAAGAGAGCGAUUGAAGGACUUGAGGAACCAAAUGGCUCCUCCCUGAAGAACAUAGAGAAGUAUCUCAGAAGUCAAAGUGAUCUCACAAGCACCACCAACAACCCAGCCUUUCAGCAGCGGUUGCGACUAGGGGCCAAACGUGCUGUGAACAAUGGGAGGUUGCUGAAAGACGGACCGCAGUACAGGGUCAAUUAUGGUAGCUUAGAUGGCAAAGGGGCACCCAAGUAUCCCAGUGCUUUCCCAUCCUCACUCCCACCCGUCAGCCUUCUACCCCAUGAGAAAGACCAGCCUCGUGCAGAUCCCAUUCCAAUAUGUAGCUUCUGUCUGGGGACUAAAGAAUCAAAUCGUGAGAAGAAACCAGAAGAGCUCCUUUCUUGUGCAGAUUGUGGCAGUAGUGGACACCCAUCUUGUUUGAAAUUUUGUCCUGAAUUAACAACAAAUGUAAAGGCCUUAAGGUGGCAGUGUAUCGAGUGCAAGACGUGCAGUGCAUGUAGAAUCCAAGGCAAGAAUGCAGACAAUAUGCUUUUUUGUGACUCUUGUGAUAGAGGAUUCCAUAUGGAGUGCUGUGACCCACCGCUUUCCAGAAUGCCAAAAGGGAUGUGGAUUUGCCAAGUCUGCAGACCAAAGAAAAAGGGAAGAAAACUACUUCAUGAGAAAGCUGCACAAAUAAAACGACGAUAUGCAAAACCCAUUGGACGACCGAAAAAUAAAUUAAAGCAACGAUUGUUGUCUGUAACCAGUGAUGAAGGAUCCAUGAAUGCAUUCACAGGAAGGGGGUCACCUGGUAGGGGUCAAAAGACUAAAGUCUGUACCACACCUUCAUCUGGUCAUGCUGCAUCUGGGAAGGACUCAAGCAGCAGAUUGGCUGUUACAGACCCCACUCGGCCUGGUGCCGCCACCAAAAUCACCACCACCUCCACCUACAUUUCCGCCUCUACACUUAAAGUUAACAGGAAAACCAAAGGGCUCAUUGACGGCCUUACUAAGUUUUUCACACCCUCACCUGAUGGUCGCAGAUCACGAGGUGAAAUCAUAGACUUUUCAAAGCACUAUCGUCCAAGGAAAAAGGUCUCUCAGAAACAAUCAUGCACUUCUCAUGUGUUGGCUCCAGGUACCACACAAAAGCUAAAACCGCCACCUUCUUCACUUCCCCCCCGAACCCCCAUCUCUGGUCAGAGCCCCAGCUCACAAAAGUCCAGCACUUCCACUUCCUCUCCCUCUCCCCAGAGUUCUUCCAGCCAGUCCAGCGUGCCCUCCUUUAGCAGUCUUACUAAUAACAGCCAGCUGAAGGCACUCUUUGAUGGACUUUCUCAUAUCUAUACCACUCAGGGACAGUCUCGAAAAAAGGGACACCCAAGUUAUGCACCACCCAAACGUAUGCGUCGUAAAACUGAAUUAUCUUCCACAGCAAAAUCUAAAGCCCAUUUCUUUGGAAAAAGAGAUAUUAGAAGUAGGUUUAUCUCUCACUCCUCCUCCUCUAGCUGGGGGAUGGCUAGAGGACGUAUUUUUAAAGCAAUUGCUCACUUCAAGCGAACGACUUUCCUUAAAAAGCACAGGAUGCUAGGCAGAUUAAAAUAUAAAGUGACCCCUCAGAUGGGGACCCCCUCACCAGGGAAGGGGAGCUUGGCAGACGGAAGGAUUAAACCUGAUCAGGAUGAUGAUACUGAAAUCAAAAUAAGCAUCAAACAAGAAAGUACAGAUGUAAAUGUGAUUGGAAACAAGGAUACCGUUACCGAAGAAGAUUUGGAUGUUUUUAAGCAGGCCCAGGAGCUUUCUUGGGAGAAAAUAGAGUGUGAAAGUGGAGUGGAGGACUGUGGCCGGUACCCUUCUGUAAUAGAAUUUGGAAAAUAUGAAAUCCAAACCUGGUACUCCUCGCCUUACCCACAGGAAUAUGCAAGAUUACCAAAGCUUUACCUGUGUGAAUUCUGUCUUAAAUAUAUGAAAAGUAAAAACAUUUUGCUAAGACACUCAAAGAAGUGUGGAUGGUUUCAUCCUCCAGCAAAUGAAAUUUACCGAAGGAAAGACCUUUCAGUAUUUGAGGUUGAUGGGAAUAUGAGCAAAAUUUAUUGCCAGAACCUUUGCUUGUUAGCCAAGCUCUUCCUGGACCACAAAACAUUGUAUUACGAUGUCGAGCCAUUCCUUUUUUAUGUCCUUACAAAAAAUGAUGAAAAGGGCUGUCAUCUGGUUGGAUACUUCUCUAAGGAAAAGCUUUGCCAGCAGAAGUAUAACGUCUCCUGCAUAAUGAUCAUGCCCCAGCACCAAAGGCAAGGAUUUGGACGGUUUCUCAUUGAUUUCAGCUAUUUGCUUUCUAGAAGGGAAGGCCAAGCAGGGUCUCCUGAAAAGCCGCUCUCUGACCUGGGCCGCCUCUCCUACCUGGCCUACUGGAAGAGUGUCAUCUUAGAAUAUCUCUACCAGCACCACGAGAGGCACAUCAGCAUCACGGCGAUAAGCAGGGCUACCGGCAUGUGCCCACACGACAUCGCCACCACGCUGCAGCACCUCCACAUGAUUGACAAGCGAGGUGGCCGAUUUGUCAUCAUUAGAAGGGAAAAGUUGAUAUUGAGCCACAUGGAAAAGCUGAAAUCCUGUUCCCGGGCCAAUGAACUUGAUCCAGAGAGUCUGAGGUGGACCCCAAUUUUAAUUUCUAAUGCUGCGGUUUCUGAAGAAGAGAGAGAAGCUGAAAAAGAGGCUGAGCGCCUAAUGGAACAAGCUAGCUGUCGGGAAAAGGAGGAGCAAGAUAUGCUGUCAUCUAGAGCUAACAGUCGGCAAUCACCUGCAAAAGUACAAUCGAAAAACAAAUAUUUGCAUUCCCCUGAGAGCCGGCCAGUGACAGGGGAGCGAGGGCAGCUGAUGGAGCUGUCUAAAGAGAGCAGUGAAGAAGAGGAGGAGGAGGAAGAGGAGGAAGAGGAAGAGGAGGAGGAGGAAGAAGAGGAAGAGGAAGAAGAGGAGGAGGAGGAAGAGGAAGAAGAAAAUAUUCAAAGCUCUCCCCCAAGAUUGACUAAACCACAGUCGGUGGCAAUAAAGAGAAAGAGGCCUUUUGUACUAAAGAAGAAAAGGGGUCGAAAACGCAGGCGGAUCAACAGCAGUGUAACAACUGAGACCAUUUCUGAGACUACAGAAGUACUGAAUGAGCCCUUUGACAACUCAGAUGAAGAGAGGCCAAUGCCACAGCUGGAGCCUACCUGUGAGAUUGACAUGGAUGAAGAUGGCUUGAAGCCAGUCAUGAGAAAAGCAUUCCAGCAUCAGCCUGGAACGAAGAGACAAACAGAGGAAGAGGAGGGAAAAGACAAUCAUUGCUUUAAGAAUGCUGACCCUUGUAGAAACAAUAUAGAUGAUGAUGCAGAUAACUUGAAAGAAGGCAGUAAAGACAAUCCUGAACCUCUAAAGUGCAAACAAGUAUGGCCAAAAGGAACAAAGCGUGGUCUAUCUAAGUGGAGGCAAAACAAAGAGAGGAAGACUGGAUUUAAACUGAAUUUGUACACCCCACCAGAAACACCCAUGGAACCUGAUGAGCAGGUAACAGUGGAAGAACAGAAGGAGACUUCAGAAGACAAAGCCAGCACCACUCCUGCCAGGAUUGAGGAGGAGGUCAAGGAAACUGUGGACGCCCUGUUGCCUCAGGACGAAACCGGAAGGGAAGAAACAUGUGCCCCUAUAAGUCCAAAUAAAUCACCAGGUGAAAAAUCAGAAGAUGAUCUAAACAAACCUGAGGAGGAAGAAGAGGAGGAGGAGGAGGAGGAGGAAGAGGAGGAGGAAGAAGAAGGGAAUGUAGAAAAAGAUCCAGAUGGUCCUAAAAGUGAGGAAAAAGAGGAACCAGAAAUCUCCAUGGAGAAAGAAGAUCCUGUGCGUUUGGAUGAUCACGACGAGGAGGAGGAAGAGGAUGAAGAGCCAUCCCACAACGAGGACCAUGAUGCAGAUGAUGAAGAUGACAGUCACAUGGAAUCUGCCGAAGCGGAGAAGGAAGAGCUCCCAAGAGAAACCUUCAAGGAAGUACUAGAGAACCAGGAGGCUUUUUUAGACCUUAGCGUUCAGCCUAGUCAUUCAAAUCCAGAGGUCUUAAUGGACUGUGGCGUUGACCUUGCAGCUUCGUGUAACAGUGAACCUAAGGAGCUUACUGGAGACACGGAAACUGCACCUGAAUCUGAUGAGGAACCCCCAGAAGAGCCGGCACAGAAGCAGGACCAAAAGGACAGUGAAGAAAUAGAUUCUGAGUUCAAAGAGGGAAAUACAGCAACCAUGGAAAUCGACUCUGAGACCGUCCAGGCAGUUCAGUCUUUGACCCAGGAGAACAAUGAACAGGACGACACCUUUCAGGAUUGUGCUGAGACUCAAGAGGCCUGUAGAAGCCUACAGAACUACACCCGUGCAGACCAAAGUCCACAAAUCGCCGCCACUCUGGAUGACUGCCAGCAGUCAGACCACAGUAGCCCAGUUUCAUCCGUCCAUUCCCAUCCUGGCCAGUCAGUACGUUCUGUAAACAGCCCAAGCGUCCCUGCCCUGGAAAACAGCUAUGCCCAAAUCAGCCCAGAUCAAAGUGCCAUCUCCGUGCCAUCUUUGCAGAACAUGGAAACCAGCCCUAUGAUGGAUGUUCCGUCCGUUUCAGAUCAUUCGCAGCAAGUUGUAGACAGUGGCUUCAGUGACCUGGGCAGCAUCGAGAGCACAACUGAGAACUACGAAAACCCAAGCAGCUAUGAUUCCACUCUGGGCGGCAGCAUUUGUGGAAACGGCUCUUCACAGAACAGCUGCUCCUAUAGCAACCUCACCUCUAGCAAUCUGACACAGAGCAGCUGCGCCGUCACCCAGCAGAUGUCCAACAUCAGUGGGAGCUGCAGCAUGCUGCAGCAAACCAGCAUCAGUUCUCCCCCGACCUGCAGCGUCAAGUCUCCUCAAGGCUGUGUGGUGGAGAGGCCUCCGAGCAGCAGCCAGCAGCUGGCUCAGUGUAGCAUGGCUGCUAACUUCACCCCGCCGAUGCAGCUGGCCGAGAUCCCCGAGACAGGCAACGCCAACAUUGGCUUAUACGAACGGAUGGGUCAAAGUGAUUUUGGGGCUGGGCAUUACCCGCAGCCGUCAGCCACCUUCAGCCUUGCCAAACUACAGCAGUUAACUAAUACCCUUAUUGAUCAUUCAUUGCCUUACAGCCAUUCCGCUGCUGUAACUUCCUAUGCAAACAGUGCCUCUUUGUCUACACCGUUAAGUAACACAGGGCUUGUUCAGCUUUCUCAGUCUCCACACUCUGUCCCUGGGGGACCCCAAGCACAAGCUACCAUGACCCCACCCCCCAACCUGACUCCUCCUCCCAUGAAUCUGCCACCACCUCUUUUGCAACGGAACAUGGCUGCAUCAAAUAUUGGCAUCUCCCACAGCCAAAGACUGCAAACUCAGAUUGCCAGCAAGGGCCACGUCUCCAUGAGAACCAAAUCGGCAUCUCUGUCACCAGCCACUGCCACCCAUCAGUCGCAAAUCUAUGGGCGCUCCCAGACUGUAGCCAUGCAGGGUCCUGCGCGGACUUUAACAAUGCAAAGAGGCAUGAACAUGAGUGUGAACCUGAUGCCAGCCCCAGCCUACAAUGUCAACUCUGUGAACAUGAACAUGAACACGCUCAAUGCCAUGAAUGGGUACAGCAUGUCCCAGCCGAUGAUGAACAGUGGCUACCACAGCAACCACGGCUACAUGAAUCAGACGCCCCAGUACCCUAUGCAGAUGCAGAUGGGCAUGAUGGGAACCCAGCCAUAUGCCCAGCAGCCAAUGCAGACCCCACCCCACGGUAACAUGAUGUACACAGCCCCCGGACACCACGGCUACAUGAACACAGGCAUGUCGAAACAAUCUCUCAACGGGUCCUACAUGAGAAGGUAGGCAACAGGGGCAGGCAGUCACGGAACCCACUGGGCAUCACUAUUGGAUUGAUCUGCACAAAUACCUUUGAAGAGUACGAUUUCAAAACCAGCAAUUGGUGUGAAUGCAAAAACAUUUGUUGGCACCAUUUAUUUAAAAAAAAAAAAAAAAGCUGUAUGCAGCAGAAAGCCUUAUACAAGUUUUUUUUUUUUCUUUUUUCUUUUCUUUUUUGGUAUCUUUGUUUCUGUUACUUUUAUAUGAAAUUCUCUGCAAAGGAAGGCCUCUCUUUGGACUACGGUUUGGGGGCAGCCACUUGUGCCUGCUCCCAUUAAACAGUGUGGAUAUCAAGCCCCCAAAAGAUCUUUUAAUACUGAACCUAGAGCUUUUUUUUUUUUUCUUUUCUCUUCCCUGUCCACUCCGUGUAAAUGCCUUUAGCAUUUCAGUUAUUGUAUAUUUUGUUUAAGGUGACACUUGAGCAUGCCGCUAAUGUCUUUGUUAGUGACAGUGCGUUUUGUAGUACUGUACACGUGUUGUGCUAACAGUAAGCCAUUUCUUAAGUUUUUUGCCUUGAUUAGGGUGCCCUGAGUUGAGGGUGUUUAAAAAAAACAAAAAAACUCUAUUUUUGUUAAUUAUAAAACUGUAAAGAGCUAUAAAAGCUAUUCCCAUUUGGUUAGUCAAAAGGGUUUAUUGCUAAAUGUUUGGUGUAAAGUUGAGACCCUUUUCCAUUUUGGUGACAGAUUUCUUUGGGGAAAAAAGGCAGCUUUCUGUUUUCUAAAUGCAGACUUCUGUUUAUUGAAUGAAGCAUAUCUCAGUGUUUAUCUGUCAGGUUUUGAAACAUUUCAUAUAUGUCCAAAUACUUGGCAGGAUUUAAAAAAAAAAAAAAUAGUGAAUUUGGUGUAAAGUUGCUAUUUUAUGGAAAUGCCUCUAACUUUACAUUUUCAUUCCAUCUGUAGAUUUUUCUAUCUUUAUAAAAUAUUGGAGUUAUUUUUUAAGGAAAAAUAGAGAAGUAGCUUGUGAAUAGCUCAAACUAAGCUUACAAAUCGCAUGUAAAAAAGCAAAAGUUAUUUGUGUCUGUUUAUAUUGCUUCCUUUUUUGUAGCCUUUGUACCUGUACAGGGUGACUGUAAGGGCCAAGCAGAAGAGGUGUAACCCUUGUAUAAAAUAGGAGCCAGCGACACUCUUGUAUUUAUCUGUUCUCUUUUUAGUCAGUCACUUCAAAAAAAAACAAAAAAAAAAAACAAAAAACAAAAAAAGCUGUACAUUUUAACAUAAAAUAAAUUAUGA